AUGGUUGAAUGGAUCCUUCUCCAUAAGCAUCGCCUUUCCGAUCUGUUACAUUAUUUGGAUGACUUUAGUACCGCAGGUCCCCCACAGUCCUUCCAGUGUGCUUAUAAUCUUAACACAGCAAUCUCGGUUUGCCAUCGGCUGGGGUUGCCUCUUCACGGUAACAAGUGUGUGGGUCCAGCCACUUCUAUGACUAUCUUAGGAAUUGAAUUAGACUCCGUCAACCAAGUGGCCCGUCUUCCUGAGGAUAAAUUGGUUGCACUAAGGGAACUCAUUCAUUCGUGGAUGCCUCGUCACUGGUGCAGAAAGCGGGAAUUGGAGUCCCUUAUUGGCCAUUAAUUUUACACCAUGCUGCUAAAGUAGUUUGGCCAGGGAGAGCCUUUCUCCGUCGUUUUAUUGAUUUACUGUGCUGCUGCCGUAACAAGGACCAUCCUGUUCAGAUUAACCAGGAAUUUCGUCUUGAUCUUCAGUGGUGGCAGCAGUUCCUAGCUUCUUGGCAUGGCGUUGGGUUCUGGUUGUACCCUGGCAUGUCUGCUACCACGGAUUUGGAGGUCACUUUGGAUGCAGCAGGUGCGGUUGGCUUUGGCGCCUAUUCUCAAGGCCAGUGGUUUUAUGGUGCCUGGUCAACGGUGCAGGCCAGGCAAUCUUUUGCAUACCAAGAACUCUUUCCUGUGGUGAUUGCUGCUCAUCUUUGGGGAUCUUUGUGGGCCAGGAAGCAUGUCCUUUUUCGCUCAGAUAACAAGGCUGUAGUUGCGAUUCUCACGACCAGGACUUCGAAGGUUCCAGCUUUAAUGCACCUUCUCCGUGAUCUUCUGUUCUCGGCGGUGCGUUGGGGUUUUACUUUCACUGCUGCUCAUGUUCCUGGAGUCAAGAACAAAAUUGCUGAUGCUAUCUCUCGUUUCCGUUGGCAGGAGUUCAGGCAGCUGGCCCCGGAGGCUCAUUCCUGCCCUUGUCCGAUUCCGCAGCUCCUGCUGGACAGCUUAACACCUCCUCCCUAG